AGACAGCUUAUUUGAACUUGUUUUCCAGUGUUUCUCUGCGUUAUUUUUUAGAGCGUCCUUCAAAACUAGACUUUCCGAGACAGACUUGCCCCGAAGAGCUAAGAAGCAUCAGAAGAAGAGCGACCUCAAUCGACGGUUUCCUAUCAAUCCUGAUACCAUUCCGUUCCGUCUUUGUGUGACCUCGGCACCUACAUUAGUUCUGCAGUAAUCGUUCGAGAAACUUCAUAGAAUUAUGGAUUAGUUAUUACUUCGUCAGUAAACGCGAAAGAAUUAAUAAAAUGUCGGCAAGUGAUCCGGUUUGUCUCACAUUUGUGGCGGCGAUCGAGAGUGGCAACUUUGACGAAGUAAAUCGACUCUUGGCGCAAGACACAGUAACCACAUUUAAACAGACAGUAGGCGUUCUUGAAGUGACGGCUCUGCAAGUAGUUGCUUGGCAAGGAAACAUUGAUUUAUUGAAUCAGCUCAUUGAAAAAGGUGCUGACGUAAAUGGAUCCGACAAAAUCGGCAGAACUGCCCUUUACUAUGCAGCACAUUGCGGCCACGUCGAUGUCACCAAACGGCUCCUUGAAUGUGGAGCAAAAAUCAACACCCAAGUCGGAAUCUCUUUCUGUAGCAGAGAUAUGAACUUAAAAUCUACCUCAAUUGGACAAAAGUUACCGUUACCCAUGUGCUGGGGAAGAUCACCACUACAUCAAGCGGUAAAAAAUAAUCACGCUGACGUCGUGCGCAUUUUAGUCGAAAGUGGUGCACGCGUUGACGUUCGGGACGAACGUCUUACAACUCCGUUGCUUCUGGCGGGAAUCGCAGUGACUAAUCGCGAUGAUCCAAAUGAGGUGAGGAAAUUCUUGGAGAUCGUAACAAUAUUGAUAUCAGCAAAACAAUCGUAUAUCAACGAAAUUCAUCAAGUAACAGGUACUACGGUUUUGCACCAUGCAACGAUGAUAGGUAGUGUAGAAACGAUUAAACUACUGUUGACAAAAGGCGCACGAAUAAUUCGGUGCAACAAGUUCGGAAACACGCCGUUGCAUAUCGCAGCGAGAACAGGAAACAGUAGAGCACUGUUGGCUCUAUUGAACACAACACAAUCCUAUUACAUUGACAUGCGCGACGACAUGAAUUGCACACCUCUUCAUAUAGCUGCUUUUUAUGGUCACUCUGAGUGCGUACAAAUAUUGAUUAAUCACGGAGCUGAUUUAACCGCGGCGAUGGAAAAGGGUAUUACUGCGGCUAACGCCAUAUUCACUCAUAUUUCACGGCCUGUAGAAUGUUUAACGUACAUUUUGGAUUCCUCAGUAAAAAUGACCGACAAUUCUUCGGAAAAAUAUGAAGAUAUAAAAACUGGGAUUGAAGUCGACUUCAAAAUAUUGACUCCGGCAUUUCAAAAACAUCAAAUGGCAGUAGUCAUGGCUAUCAUAAACGCAGCGUUGGGCAUAUCACAAUUGGCAAUAUUGCAGCAUCCUCUUGUAGAGAUGUUUCUUAGAUUAAAAUGGGCAAGAUUAAAGAUAUUUUUCAUUUUUCUGUUGCUCGUACAUUUGUCCUUUGUCGUUUGUCUCUCAAUCUUUGCUCUGAUGUUUAUAAACAAUAACACUGUUGAUAUUUUGCCAAUUCCGAGGAUUCUGUAUGUGUUUUCCUGUUUUCCUUUGGCUCACAGUUUGGCACAAUUUUUAUUAGAACCCAAGCAUUUUGCAAAACAAGUAGAAACGUGGCUGUCAAUCCUAUGCGCAAUUGUAUCACUCGCACCGGCGAUAGGUAGCGAAUUCGCAAACUGCGAUAAAGAAGAAAUUGAAAAACUACAUUGCGCACAGUGGAUAUUGCACUGUCUUUCUAUCGCAAUUUUGCUUAGUUGGAUGCAAACGUUGCUACUAAUAGGUCGAUUUCCUAUGUGGGGAUACUAUGCGCUAAUGUUUUCUACAGUAUUAAAAAACGUUUUAAAGGUUAUUUUGAUUUUUGGAUUUUUGAUCAUUGGAUUCGCUCUGAGUUUUAUGAUCGUGUUUCACAGAAAAGACCAGUUCGGUAGUUUUUACAAAGCAAUCGUGUCGACUGUAGUAAUGAUGACAGGCGAGUACGAGUACACGGAUCUGUUUAAUAAUAGUACAAGCACAGAUUCUACAGAUAAUGAAGAAGAUUUCCUACCGAUAACUGCUAGAAUUAUAUUCUUUAGUUUUAUCAUACUUACCAGUAUUAUUCUGAUCAACCUUAUGACCGGUCUAGCGGUCAACGACAUUCAAGCUCUCGAGAAAGAGGGCCACAUACGACAGUUAUUGAAACAAGCUGAGUUCAUUGCACAGUUGGAAAAACUGAUAUCACACAAAAUUUUUCAGAAUAAUUUGUUACGUUUUAGAUUAUUAAGAAAGUUGAGAUGCAAUAUUUCUACAAAGAUUACAUUGUCUCAUUGUUCAAAUUAUUUUUAUUUAGAUUAUUCUAAGAUACCUACCCAUUUACUGGAAGCUUUAUACUUGCUAGCCAUCAAGACAUCUCACAAUAAAUCAGAAGAAAGUUUGUCCGAUGACAAGAAGUUCGGUUCUUUGAUACCAGAAAUAAUAAAUAAUUUAGAAGAACAAAUACAAGAAUUGAAAACACGUUACUCUAACUCGAUUGCAACCAAACUCGAAAAUCCUUAUUCUGAUAUGUUUUCAGAAGAAAGUGUGCAACUAGACUGACUGACGCUGUAAAAUCUUAAUACAUUUUACAUAUUAUAUGUGCAAUUAUUCUGUACUAAAUGCUUAACAUUAGAUAUUAACAUUUCGGUGACACAUUGUUUUGCUGCUUAAUUUUUUAUUGCUUAGUUCUUUACUGCUAGGAACCACUGCUUUAGUGCAAUAUACAGAAUGUUUGAAAAAUUUUGACCACGUUGAAAUGUGAAAGUAGAUUGAAAUAAAUCUCUAUCGAAAAGAGAUGUACCAUUGUGCAUAAUUCGCAAUAGUUAUUGUGUGAUUAAUUAAUACAUAUGACCCAAUGAGCGCGUGAAAAGCGAUGGUACGUUUGUAAGUAUAUAUGAUUUUCAUUGAUAAAAAAAAACGCUUAUUUCAUGCAAUCUUCUAUCAAGAAGCGAACUAAAAAAGCGAGUGGUGUAUGACACAGUUUCUUGCAAUUAGCUGAUUUUCACAACUUAAAAUCAGUUAUAAUAGUAUUUAAGUAUAAUAUAUACAGGGUGCGGCGCCAAAAUCCGGACAAAUUAUAUAUGUUUUUCUAAAUA